AUGGAAGAUGGCAAGCGACUGGAAAACCUCAGCUGGCGUCUCUGGAAUCGCGAAACGUUUGUGUGUUCCCGCAUGCCGCGUGCUCGGAAGAGCAUUCCUCUGCCCGCCCUUUCCAGCAGCGUGUCUUCGUCGGACGAGUCGGACGAGGAAGACGUGUCGUCAUUGCUGCCUUCCCCCAUGGUGAGACCUGAGUUGAGAAGGAGCGAGUCGUCCGAGCACCGCAGCCGAGGCCGUCAACAGAACCACAUCACGCCCAUCGACCUCGAGAAGAUGGUCAUGUCCAUCAAGGAAAAGAAGAGCCUCGAACCGUUAUCCGCCUUAUCCAUGCCUCCGCCUGCCAUGUCGGUCUCGCCGCCUGCAGAAGACAACCAAACUCCUACCGUCACAAAAACGACACUAUCUACACCUGCACCUGCGCCCGCACCUGUAUCCGCACCCGCACCCGCACCCGCAGCAGUCGCUUCAAAGUCCAUCGCCACUCCCAUCCCUACCAUCUCCGCUCCUAGCCAUCUGGAGUCAUCUACUUCUACCGUCAGUAGCAACGAAUCCCAGGCCAUCGCCUCGUCGUCCGAAAGCUCAUCCACCGAGAUGAGCACCCACAACAUCGUACGAGGCUUCAGACCAGAAGUGCCAUCAUCAUAUCGCUCCCAAACAAAUCUCGCCGCCACCCAACCAACACCCAUUCUCAAGACUUCGCCUCAAUAUCGUCCCGAUCGCCUCAAUCGUGGCAAGAAGGGCGCAACCUUUACGCUUGGCGCAUCCUCUGGUGAAGAGGAAAGCUCUCUUGACAGCCACAUGGGUCACAACAGUGUCGGCUCAUUAUCAGCCGGCAUGCCACACCCACCAAAGAAGCACGCGUCUUUCAGGGACAUCAUCCAGGACAGAGCCAUCACCGACAGCCCUGUCUUCGAGGAGUCUGACGACGAAGAUGACGAUGACGCCUUUGAGAGUGUCAUUGAAGAAGACGAAGACUCAUCUGACUGGGAAGACGACGAAGUUGUCGAGAGCGGCAACUCUUCAGCCGACGAGCACAAGAGCAUGUUCCGCCGUGUUGAUUCGCAACCCAAUCUCACCUCUCGCCGCUCUCUUCUCACUACCAUGAUGCAUGAACCGGACCGUGCUCGUGCAAUGGCUAGUGCUGCAUCCCGCUCUACUCCUGCGCUCCGUCGUUCGCGUGGUGCUUCUCCGAGUGGACCUUCCGCCACACCAUCACCCCACCGACGAGAAGUCGAGCGUGCUGGUCCUGACUUCGCCUCACACCCUUCGCAACUUUCGCAACAGGCUCAAGAAGCCUCAGAAUCCUCACAGCCACGACCCAUCAUCAUGACCACCUCCAACACCCACCAACCUGCUCUCUCACCGCGUACCACUAGGCGGAACAUGCUCUCUACCGAGUUGACUGAGUCGCUGCGCAAGAACCUUCUCUGGGAACGCCAGCACAAAAGCUCAAACAACCUAGCCGCUAUGAAGCGCAGACAUACUUCUCACGAUAUUAAGAAUCUUAAACAGCACCCUGAGCCGCAAAUGGUCUUGUCGGUUAAGGAGAACGAUAAGAAGAAGUUCUCGAAUGAAUACUUUAACCAGGGACUUCAGGAGUACCACGCCAAAGGCUGGUAG